ACGAUGAGCAACGAAACCGAUCAGGAAACGCCUGCUUCGGGUGGAGAAGGGGACAGUUUAAAAAAUUCUACCAUGCCGGUUCAUCAUCAUCAUCAUCAUCAUCACAUAAUGUCCACUAGUGUGGAGGAGGUGGACGAACAGGUACUGGAUGUGGUGACACAGUCAUCGACGACCACCGUGGAUACCAACAGCAGUAGCCGAGUGCAAAAGUCAUACAAAAAUUUGCAUGAGUUUUCGGAGGAAAUGCUGGAAACGGAAAAAGCCGGCCUAGUGGAGCGAGUGUACGAUCUCGAAAGGCAGGUACUGGAACACAAGGAUGAGAUCGUUUGUCUCAAGUCCACACUGGCCGAUGUGUUGCGUCGACUGGCCACGAUAGAUAACAGCUACGAGAAUAGCACGAGCGGCAGUGGUCGAGGUGGGACCGGAACGCCGGCGGGUGUCGGUGGAGCAGCGGGUCCAGGCGGACAUCAUGCGGUCAGUGAUAACGCGUCCGCCAGCGCACAGAAUAGUUUAUCCAGCAAAAGCUUCCGCUUCUCCCGCAACACCCUCACGAGGCUAAAUUCUACGGUAGAGGAAAAACGCUUCGGUCGAGGGAUGCCGUCCCGUGUGACCAGCUCACCGUCACGGAUGAAGCCGAACCUCGCGCAAAAAGCCAUUCACUAUUCCAACGGCUCGCUGCAUUCCGACUCGAUGAGCAGUCAUUCGAUCUCACCUGCCCCGUCCCCAUCACCGAGACAACCGAACGCGAUUGCUUCGGCCAACUCACACCAUGCACUGCUCGCCUCUUCCGGCAUGGGAAAGCGCUGGUCCUCGACAGGGGAUUUCGUUAGUACACCGGGCAGUCCGAGCGGCACAGGAAGCAGUGGAAGCAUGUCCCGGUUUUCGGCCAAAUCACUGCUGAAUCUCAGUGGCAAUUCCAGCCGCCAGGGCCAAUCGCACCCGUACGUACAGCGGAAAAACGAUGACGACGAGUACGUGAAGCUGUACAUUAGCGGCCGCCCAAUCGUAAUCCACAUUCCCGAGGCACAACUGUCCACGUACGAACUGACCAAGGUACAGCCGGCCCCGAACAGACGCUUGCGGCUCGAUUGGGCGUACGGAUACCGAGGCAAGGACUGCCGGUCAAAUCUGUACCAACUGCCGACCGGUGAAAUGGUGUACUUUGUGGCAGCCGUUGUCAUCCUGUACAACAUGGACGAACAUACCCAGCGCCAUUACCUCGGUCACACGGACGACGUCAAAAGUUUGGCCGUUCAUCCGAACAAACUGCUGGUGGCGAGUGGGCAGUGCGGCGGGCAUGAAGGUCGGGAAUCGCUCCCACACAUCCUCAUCUGGAAUUCGGUCUCGUUGGCGACGCUAAAUCAAGUUGGUGUUGGGGAGUUUACCGGCUCGAUCAAUUGCAUCUCGUUCAGCCGAGCGGACAGUGGAAGCAUAUUGGCCGCUAUUGACGAUUCACCCGACAAGAUCAUAUCGAUUUGGGACUGGCAAAAGAAAGAUGGUGGCCGUAAGAUCACGGAAACAAAGUGUUCAGUCGAUACGGUCGUUGCGGUAGAGUUUCAUCCGCUCGAUAAAGGACAGAUCAUUACGAUAGGGAAGAAUCACAUCGCCUUUUGGUCGCUGGAUCAGAACGGCAUGCUCUACAAGCGGAUGGGCGUGUUCGAGAGCUUCGAGAAACCGAAGUACGUGACAGCGAUUUCGUUCACGCAAACCGGUGACGUCGUGACCGGUGAUUCGAGUGGUAAUUUGGCCGUUUGGAAGCGUGGCACCAACGUUAUCAGUCGCUUCCUGAAGAAGGUGCACGAGGGUCCGGUGUUCACGAUUUGUGCACUGCGCAAUGGUGGAUUCGUGACGGGCGGUAAGGAUGGAUUGCUGUUACUGUUCGAUGAUGCACUACACAUGAAGGCGGAACAGAUAGUCGAGGCACAUUUCGGUGCGGUACGAGUGGUGGCCCAGGGCAAAGGUUCCCAGCUGCUGGUCGGGACGACGAAGAAUUGCAUUUUGUCCGGAGACUUUACGCUUAGCCUUGUACCGAUCGUGAUGGGCCACACGGAUAUUCUGUGGUCGUUGGCAACGCAUCCACAGGUGGCUCAGUUCGUUACCGGUGGUAGGGACAGACUGUUGCAGCUGUGGGACUCUCUGUCGCAUUCGGUAGUGUGGAGCAAAGACAUUGGCGAACCGAUUCAUUCGGUACAGAUUGCCAACGGUGGGGAUGUGAUUGUGGCGGGAGGUGUAGGUGGGCGUUGGUCCGUGUUUGAUAUCGUUACACGUGAACUGUUAGCGACGUAUACGGAUGGAGCGGAGGUGAUACAGUGUAUGCAGUUCUCCCCCGAUGGAAACCUGCUGGCCAUCGGUUCCAAAGACAACUGCAUCUACAUCUAUCAGUGUACGAAAGUACCGCACCGAUUUUCCAAGAUUGGCAAGUGCACGGGUCAUUCUAGUUUUAUUUCUCAUCUGGAUUGGUCCAAAGACAGUCAAAUUUUACGGUCUAAUUCAGGCGAUUAUGAAUUAUUAUAUUGGAAUCCAACGCUCUGCCGUCAAAUUACGAGCCAAAGCACGGUGAAGAACCUCGAGUGGGCCACACAGAACUGUUCAGUGAGCUUCGAAACGAUCGGCAUCUGGCCGGAAAACUUUGAUGGUACAGACAUCAACAGCGUGUGCAAGGAUGGUGAGGAACAAUUCCUUGUGUGUGCCGAUGACUUCGGCAAAAUUCGACUGUUUAGUUUUCCAGCAUCGCAGCCAAAGUCACUAUCACAUAGUUACAAAGGCCACAGCAGCCAUGUAACAUCGGUACAGUUUAUGCACGAUGGCGUUCGUCUUUUAUCGGCCGGCGGUAUGGACACAAGUGUACUGCAAUGGAGAGUAGUGUAAA